UUUCUCACGGGUGCAUCCAGUGACUCAGCAGGACCGUGGAGCUCAUGAGGCCUCCUGUUUCCUGCCUUAGAAUCACAUGGAAGUGAGCAGAGGGUGGGUCAUCAGGACAGGGCUCUCCGAGGAGCGGAAGCGCCUUCAAUGCAGGCCUGUGGGCAGGAGCGUGGGGCGCACACACGCCUGGGUGACCUCUACGUAUAUAGAGAGCCUCCCUGGCCCUCCUGGAAAGAGUCCUGGAAAGACAACCUUCAGGUCCAGCCCUGGGGCUGCAGGGGUGGGCCCCACUCUGAAGAGCCAGCCUUUCUCCAGGUUCUUUCUCUCCCAUUCUGAUUCUUGACACCAGAUGCAGGAUGCUGUCCUCUGCCUGCACGCCGGCAAGCUCACGGACUUGCUCCCGUAUCCUGGGGCUGAGCCUUGGGACUGCAGCCCUGUUUGCUGCUGGGGCCAACAUGGCACUCCUCUUUCCUAACUGGGAUGUGACCUACCUGUUGAGGGGCCUCAUUGGCAAGCAUGCCAUGCUGGGAACUGGGCUCUGGGGAGGAGGCCUCAUGGUACUCACUGCCGCUAUCCUCAUCUCCUUGAUGGGCUGGAGAUACGGCUGCUUCAGUAAGAGUGGGCUCUGUCGAAGCGUGCUUACUGCUCUGUUGGCAAGUGGCCUGGCUUUGCUUGGAGCCCUGAUUUGCUUUGUCACUUCUGGAGUUGCUCUGAAAGACGGUCCUUUUUGCAUGUUUGAUACCUCAUCCUUCAAUCAGACACAAGCUUGGAAAUAUGGUUACCCAUUCCAAGACCUGCAUAGUAGGAAUUAUCUGUAUGACCGUUUGCUCUGGAACUCCGUCUGCCUGGAGCCCUCUACAGCUGUUGUCUGGCAUGUGUCCCUCUUCUCCGCCCUUCUGUGCAUCAGCCUGCUCCAGCUUCUCCUGGUGGUCGUUCAUGUCAUCAACAGCCUCCUGGGCCUUUUCUGCAGCCUCUGUGAGAAGUGACAGGCAGAACCUUCACGUUCAAGCAUGAGUGUUUUCAUCAUUGGUUGCCUGAAUCCUUUCUACAAGGAGUGGGUACAAAUUAUAAACAAACUUUCCCUUUAGGUAUCUCUGGAGAAAUAAUGACAACAAAAUUCACUGCAUGUCAGUUGAAUGAUAGAAUGCAUUUUAAAUCACACUGUAAUCUUCCAGGUGAUCCAUGGAUAGGACAAAUAACUAAGCCAUUAUAAUUGUGUAGGAAUGUAUAGUUCAUAAAAUACCCUCCAGCCAGGA